UGCUCAGGCGACGCAUUCCUAGGUAAACUUCGCAGUGCGAUAAGCAAGGACAUCAACAGUCACAACAAGGCUGUAGAUCGUCGAAAGGGAUGGGGAAAAAUCAGUUCAAGUCAACAUUGUUCUGUGAAAAUUGUAUGGGAACGACUUGUGAACUCCAUUUAUAUGAACUUGACUUCGGAUUCUGAAGUGAAGUUGGUCGAAAUGAUCGACAAAGAACAACAUGAGGUUUUACUAAUUUCUAUCACAAAUCCGUACACGACUCGACGGUUACCAACGCUACUUUCGAUAGUAUUUGUGGAAAAGUGCCGUCAACACAAACAGGGAAUCGGCUGGGCACUAAACGAGAUCGCUUUGGCCUGGAUCCAUGAGCGGGUUCCCAGGGACAUCUCACCGCUGCCAGACAUCUGGUUCUCGUGGUUCCCAGAGGUUCGCGGGGCGAUCCGCAUCACCGAGUACAUCAUGAUGAUCCUUGUCAUCAACGCCUUCUUCAUCAUUGUCACACAUCAGCACAGAUGGGUGGUGUCGCGAAGGGUUUUUUUCUGUGCUGCACUCUCCUACUGUUUCCGUGCGUUCUGCAUUACGGUAUUCCAGGUACCUGUGCCAUCAGUUCAUACCUAUUGUGCUCCAAAAACGAAUGGAUCGUGGUACGUCGUCUCCGCCCGCGUGGCCAGAAUGUUUUGGAGUGCAGGAAUUGAGCAACUGCGACCUCGUGAACUUUGUGGAGAUUUAAUUGUUUCUGGUCAUACAAUAACGAUAUUCACUGCUUUCUACACCUUUAAGCACUACUCUCCCAAAAAACUUAAGCCUCUCUCCUGCAUAUUAAGUAUAUUGUCUGUGGUAGCAGUAACCGCCAUUUUGUUCUCCAGAAAACAUUACACUAUCGAUGUUGUCCUCGGGUAUGUGAAAAUUUGCGAUUCUUCUCACUUUUCUAACAGGAACGGUUCAAUCAUACAGGACGUUCACAAUUUCUAA